AUGAUAUCUGCUACAAUUCCCAAGAAUUUUAUAACGUUUUUAAAGAAGAAGUGGGGCUAUGACUGUGGAAGAUAUAUCAAUCUAAUCACAAGCGAUCCAUUGGCCAAGAUAUUCAAUACCAGUACAUCAUUCAAAGAGAGAGACAGAAUUAUGGAUUAUGUUGUAGUUCUGAUGAAGAACUUUCUCCAACGAGAUGUAAAUGAUAUAGCAUUGCUAUACUUUGAAAACAAGAUUAUCCAAGAGAACUACUAUAGAAGAUUGUGUAGUGAAUUUGGAGACAAGUUGAUGGUGAUGAUCAAUGCGGACACUGAAAAUAAACAGGCUAGCUUGCUUCGAUUGACUAGAGGUGCACGGGUGCUCUUGGGGACCAAGCUGGUGAGGAGGGAACCCGCGGAAGAUUCUGAAACGAGUAAGGAUUAUGAAUGUAUGGAUAACUCAAGUGACUAUGACCCAUGUGAAGAAAGAAUCAGAGUCAGCAAGUGUUUAACCAAACAAGUUGCCCACUUCUAUGGUAUCAAGGUGAGCAAGUGUCAAAAUUGUUGUGAUUCCAAUGAUAGCAUUCUUGAGCCACAUAUAGUUGACUUGGUGAACAACGUCCAUUGUGCUACAGAAACCCAAUUUAAGGAACUUCAAUUUGGAACUGAGCAAGCGCCAGCACCGAAGAAGUUUCGAUCAUGGACUGCAGAAGAAAGACUUGACCACUUUGCAUUGCAAUUUGAACCGGAGGAAUGGUUGGAGGAGCUAAUUGACAAUGGAGCCAAGUAUUUGAAGUACCCAUUGACCCAUAUGGAUGCACUACCAGAGUCAGAAUACAUCUGCACAAAGUGUUGCAGAAAGCAUGUUAAAGAGUGCAAGAGAGGUGGGUUCAAGGCAUUACUAGUGUUGAAAUGGAUACUCGACGACAUAACUUAUGAUGAUAUCAAGGACAUGAAAGUGAAUGGUUGGGGUGAUGAGAUAUAUCAGUGGGCACAGAAUCAUAAUUUAAAGCAUCUUUACGACACAUACUUGGAUAAAGUGGAACAAUUUACGAACUGUUUGCGGGUUCCGUCUUUGUUUCUGGUUGACGAUUAUGGUAACCAACUUGACCACUUACGAAAGUUCUUGCGUCAUCCGUUCUUUUUGAAUGAAUAUUUGUUAGAAGACCCCAUUCCAACGGAAGAUGCAGGAAUAUACGAGAAGGCUCAGAGAUACGGUGAAGAGUACAUGCAUGCAGAUACAAGGAAAUUGAUUCAAAUGUCGCAGUUUCAUAAUAAUUAUUGUCGGCAAUGCGGAAAUUCAAAACAUAGUGGCGAGUGCCGGUAUUCCCAAGCCAUAGAGUUGUUCUAUAUAAUCUUUUGCAUUCCAGCUUUCAGGGAUCUUCGAAGAUCAAGGCAACUUGGUUUGACGAUUAAUUACUUCCCCCACUGGCUUGAUGCAAUAAGCAAGAACGGACAUCAUAUUUGUAUACUAAAUGACAUUUUGGGCCGAGAUCGAGUAUGGGACUAA